UGAUUCCAGGACCUGUUGCUUAGCAACGUUUAUGAACAAGAGCAAGGCCUUUCUCCCCGCCCCCCCUCCACUUCCUCUAAGUUGGCCAGGCCACACAAGCAAGCGAAGUUACUGACAACAGCAGGGAGAAAGAAUUGCUUAAAAGUUAUGUAAAACUGCAGUUCAGCUUUGAAGGAGGCCUCCACAUGGCCAAGUAUAUGUUCUUGGCUCCCGGGCUGACGCUGCCCUUCAGCCCUCUUUCUUCUGAAGCUUUAGAAGAGAUCAAACGCCAUGCGGGCCGAGCCUGGGAACAGCACAUGCAAGAAGACGCCAGCUGCUCCACCACCUAUUCCGGGGCUUAUGGAAAUAAAAAGCUGGAUGGCUCUGCCUAUUGCCACGUCACCCCCUCCUCUCCUACCAGGAUCCACAAGCCUCAUCCAACAGAAGUGUUUUUGAUAAACCGGCUUCAUCAUCUUUCUGGAAACUACGGCAAUCCUAAACAUGGUGUGACAACCGACAAGGGCUGUCAACCAAGUUUCUUAAAGUCUGCAAGUAAUAGGAAGAAAUUUCAGCAGCAUUCUCAAAAAAUGAAUCAUAAUGCAGUCAUCAUUCCAUCACCAGCAGUACCACUGUAUCAAAUUCAGCAGGCGAUGAAAUACCCCAGGGUAAAGGAGAACCAAAGUGAAAUAAAGAUGGGGACAUCAUCAGCUGCAAGUCAGGAUAUUCUGACUGGGUGGCCUGUUACUGGGAGUUCUGAUUCAAUGGGGUUGCAAAUCAUGGAAAAGGUGCCUCAACAUCCUCCUGACCUCAACUGACUGUGCAGAUAUGGCCCUGCCUAAACUGGAGCCAGAUGCAUGUUUCUUUGAAUCAGUUACCAACUCCUGGAGAAGCAAGGUCCAAACAUGGAAGAAACCCCAUAAAAUGUUUUGCAGUAUUCAUGCAAAAAGAGCAUAUAUGGUACCUGGGAGAGGGGGGGGGUGUUUAGUCCAGAGAAAAUAAAUCUUACAAUAAUAGUACCAGCAGAUACUGGUAGUACCAGCAGAUUUCAAGAGACAGUAAAGAAUUUGCAUUUUUUAAAUUUGCUCCAGAGAUUUGUGGGUGCUCUGAUGCACACACUGAUUUCUUCUGUGCAUGGGUUUUGUUAAUUUCAUAGCAGGAGGGGAGCACAGUCACAUCCACGAAGAAAUGCUCAUACCAAUUACAUGAAAUGAAUGGGAAUAGCCCUUGCAGGUGGAGAAGCUUUACUGCAUGUCUAGAAAAUGCAUUGAUACUGGGGGACAGGGCUGGAAUUGUGAAUUCAUUCUGGUUUAACCUUGUUGAUAAAAUACUUGUCCAUACAAGAAGCUCUUUCAGUGUUUUUGAGGGUACAGUGGAACCUCGGUUUAUGAACACCUCGGUUUAUGAACGCCGCGGACCCAUCUGGAACGGAUUAAUUCACUUUCCAUUACUUUCAAUGGGAAAGUUCGCUUCAGUUUAUGAACGCUUCAGUUUAUGAACAGACUUCCGGAACCAAUUACACCCAUGCUUAGGGUUAAGUACGCUUCAGGUUGAGUACUCCGCGGACCCGUCUGGAAUGGAUUAAUCCACUUUCCAUUACUUUCAAUGGGAAAGUUCGCUUCAGUUUAUGAACGCUUCAGUUUAAGUACUCCGUGGACCGUCUGGAACAGAUUAAUCCACUUUCCAUUACUUUCAAUGGGAAAGUUCACUUCAGUUUAUGAACGCUUCAGUUUAUGAACAGACUUCCGGAACCAAUUGUGUUCAUAAACCGAGGUACCACUGUAUUUGCACAUUACUAUCUACUCUGCUUCCAAUGUGCUUCCACUGCUAGUGUUUGAUGUUAGCCACAAUCCAUCUGUGUCCUGUAGUUUCUUGAGAAAUGCUCCCCUUUGAUGCGUUUCUCCACCCCCAAAAAACCCGGCCUCCAUCCUAUGUGAAAAUGCAAGCUGAAGUUAAGCGGAUGUGUGUACAGUUCAGGCAGCCUUUUGUGCAUGCACUGAUGACAGCUUUCUGAAAAGGAGUUGGUAGGGAGUGUUGCUGUUGUGGGAAAACAGAUCAGGCCAUACACAUCGAGUGAAAGCACCCUCACCCACUCUCUGGGGGAUAAACAACAAACACAUUUAAGAGGCCAAAGAUUGUUCAAUCAGCCAAAGGCAAGAGAUCAUAUGUAUUUUUUGGUUCCAGAACCAGAUGUUCUAAACCAGGGAUGGGGAACAUGUGGCCCUGCAGGUGCUGCUGGAUAUGAAUCAAAUGAUUCCUGCCCAGUGGCCAUGUUGGCUGGGGCUGAUGGGUAGCACAACAUGCUCUCGAGAAUCACAGGUUCCUCAACCCUGUUCAAAACCUUUGAGGAGGAAAAAAGGGUUUAGGAGGAACACCUUCAGACUGCCUUCCUCCAAGCUAUUAUUAUUUAGAGCAGAAAAAUAAUCUUUGGUAGCUUUUCUUUUUAAGGAGAAUGAUGCAGUAGUAGCUACUACCUUUAAAUAUUAAUAAAAGAUGUUUCCAGGAAUUAUUUCUGAAACAUAAAGGAAGCAUAUUUCACUGCUUUACUGUAAUGUAAACCAUGUUCAGCCCUAUAGUUAAUCCCCCUCCCAGUAGCCAUUUGUGACAAGGAACUGCACAUUUAGUGAACAUGCAGAGAUUUAAUGGAGGACCCCAUCACUCCUCCACACCCAGUAUAGAAACCAAAUGGGCUGUUGUUGUGGGAGGGAGUCAGCCCACAAGCUACCAAAUUUUUUUGCAGGCUAGGAACUUUUGUGGCCUCAGUUAUAUGCCUAUAUGAAUGUAUUUUAACUUGUAAUUCAAGCAUUGACAUAAAUUCUACAGGGCUUUAUAGAUAAUAAACCAGCAGUCUAAAUUACACAUAGAAAAGGUGUAAAAAGACAACACUGUCCCUGGAGCCUGUUGCAUGAUAUAUUCCUACCGUAGCAACACACUCACCGUGUCUCAAUUUAAACUGAAGCACCAAGUAACCCUGGAAACAUAAAUAGGAAUUUAUCAGAACAGCUCUGCCAAAGUACUGUAGUAUUAUGCUAACUUUUUAUUUCAGUUUCCCUAAUUUUUCUAGCUAGACAGGCAUUACCAACUUUCCCCACCAGCAUUUAACAGCAUCUGCUCUGUUUUCAACAUUUGGACUUGAAGUGCUACUGCUUGUGGAUCCAAAACAGCACCACCCAUACCCAAAAGAGAAGCAUCACCUGGUUUGGGCAAACUCCAAGGUUUUCAGAAGUACAAUUAAUCUUUAGGGGGGGAAGUUUUGCUUGAAAGUGUGGGUGGGACAGAAAAACUGCCCAAUGAGGACUCGGCAUGCUCUGGGCCACAGAAUGUUGUCUUGACAGUUGGGAGGAGGGAAAAUGGAAACCCGGGGAUGAGAACAAAAUAGCAGAGUCCUGCAAAGUAAUCACUCCAUACUGCAACGUUUUGUUUUAGGUCUCCCUUCUAAAUUCCUUAUUCUCUGCACACCCAAUAAUGAAACAAUGGAAAAGAGAGGCACACAUGAUGCCACAGUAUAGCCAACUUUGUUUUUUAAUUAGAGUAUAUAUACUUCCAAACUGGAUACACUAGAAAUUGGCAAUGCAACGUAAGAUGCAAAGAAAUAUACCAGUUACUGUCAAAAUGACCCUGUACAGCCUUAUAAUGCAAAAAGCUUUAUACAAUACAAAUUUCCAUUAAUGUACACAAACCUUGACUGUGAUAUUUGAAUAUGAUACAGCAAGUUAGAAAGGUCGGAGAGGGGAAGCGAGAAAAGUGCUGAGAAUGUAAGCAAAUUACUAGAUGGAAAACAAGAAACCAGCCUAUCUUAAAGAAUGCAUAGUGAGAAAAGCAGAUACAAAGUGAGCAUGUUGGUAGAAAUGUGAAGUCUUUUAACAAGCAAAGGAUAUCUGUAGGGAGCAUUCCUUUCUUUAGCUUCAAACAGCAAACCAAUUAUUGUAUAUGCAAGGGCUUUGAUAAAUACUGUAUUUUUUUUCCUUAAAAAAAUAAAAACACUUCCUGAUG